AUGGUUCUCAAGUUCUACUUUGCUCCCUUCUCCACGGCUGGCGUGACUGUUGCCGUCCUGGCCGAGCUCGAACACGGCCUUUCCGAACCUCUCGCCGAGCGCGUCGAGCUCUCGUUCAAAAAGGGCGACACCCGCACGCCCGAGUACCUGUCCGACGUGAACCCCAACGGCCUUGUGCCCGCCAUCGUCCACGACGGGGUUCCCAUCUGGGAGUCCGCCGCAAUCACCAUGUACCUAGGCGAAACAUUCGGCGUCGACAAGUCGCUGUACCCGGCUCUCGGUGUGAAGCGCGGCGAGGCCAUGAAAUGGAUUGUAUGGGCCAACGUCCACCUCGCCGCACACGCCUCCCGACUCGGUUCUUUCCUCCACUCCGAAAAGGAGGGCGAAGAGACGGAGGCCCAGGCCGAGGCUAGGAAGAUGAAUGGCGAGGAGGCCAAGAAGGGCGUGGACAGUGCUCUGGGCAUACUGGAUGGUGCGCUCAAGGGCAAGGACUAUCUCCUCGGUGACGCCUACUGCCUCACCGACACGCACAUCUGGUCGUUGAUGCACUGGGUGGCCAUGCUCAAGGUGGACUUGGACAAGUUUUCGCACAUUCAGGCCUGGAUGGAGAGGGUUGGGGGCCGGGCUGCUUUGAAGAGUGUCUUUUGA